AUGAAACAAAAAAGGUCAAAUUUUUUUUAUCUUCGAAAAAUUUCACGGCAUCGUUCUAAUUCACCGAACCAGAAACCAAUAAGUUUAAAGUUUUUUCCAUCGUUGCGGAAUCUUUUCAAAUCGUCAUCAACAGCAUCAGUAACGACAUCGGAACCGGAUGAAGGAAGCCGUGAACCAGAAAAAAUUAAACAAGUUGCUUUUCACAGAGCUGUUAGUGCAGAUCGUUUACUGAGAAAAGCCCCGGUAUAUUCUGGGGGUACACCGCGUGAUGAAAUUGCCGAAACAUCAGUAUCGGCAAAAUAUGAUACUGAUCGAACAUCUUUUUUACGGGCCAAUGAACAGGACAUUGUUGAUGGAAAAAUUUUUACACCGCCUAAUACACCACGGAUUAGAAAACUGUCUAAGAAGCUUCACAAUGAAGAGUUUUGUACCUUGCAUCAUACAGAACCAGGAACUUCCGCGCAGCAUAUUGCAGUGGUUGAAGGUGAACCUCUUGCAAGAAAAUCAGUUGAUUACGGCAAAGAGGAGACGAGAAGGGGAUUAAAGGAACUCGCGUCUAUUGAUUUAGCUUAUAACAGAAAAUUAUCAGAAGCUGCUGGAUGUCCAAAACUGCUGCAAGAUUACAGUGUUGAUGAUUCGCCGGUAGGUGAUGUCGAGGUGAGGGAUGAAUUCAGUCUAAUUGACGAUUGCGUAGUGCAUGACGAGACAAAAGACGGUACUGAAUUGUCAUUUGAUUCCAGUGAUUCGGACCUAUGCGAAAGCGAAAAUGCGCUAAUGUCUUCUAAUCGUCUUGGUUCAGGUUCCUUACAGAAGGAUGCAUUUGAAGCACUCAUUUUGCCUGAUUCAUGUGAUGCUAUAAAUAAGGAUGACAAUGUGGAAUGUUUGUUAAUAAAACGAGAUCUGUUAAGAGGUAGUGAAAAAAGCGGGUACAAGGGUAAACUUUUUCCAUCUGCCGCUUACGGUUCCAACAAACUUACCUUCAAAACAAGUUCGCCAGUCGUUGACAAGCAUUUUACUGGUGCUGGGAGUUCACGGUCAUCAUCAGCUGAUUCACGAAAGGCCAAAAUUGGGAAAAAGGAAAAGCUGAAGGAUGACACAGUCGGUGAUUUCGAUCCGCUGUCAGUGAUGCUUCCAAAAAUAUGCUAUCACUGUUCCAUAUUGAUGGAAUAUCGCGACAAUCCUUUCACGGAUGCUUCUGUAUCUUCUAAACCAUUGUUAAAAAUGCUUGCAAGUGAUAUGCUUCAGAAGGGCUAUGAAAACUAUCCAGUAAUUUACCUUUCUUCCUACAGUUCAGACGAAGAUUUUGAUUUGUCUGGAAAUCGAGCUGCAGUCUAUGAGGAUCGCGACGAUGCGUUCUUCUUUCAAAAGUAUGAUACGUAUUCCGUAGUGAUUUUGUGCUCCAUCAUUCAUUCUGUUGGUCAUUCUGUUAAGGGUUAUAAUGCUACAAAGCUGUCGUCGAUUGAACUGCUUGCUCCGGUUCUGUCCGGAACAGAAAAAGGAUGUAAAAGGAUGCCGGGAAAGCGGGAGGAAAGGCGGGUAAAAACUGUGAUGAAGAACACUUAUACCUCUUGGAAGGAGGACGAGGGGUGGCCCUGA